GCCAGUCGGUGGGGUCUGUAGCCGGGCGAGGGGCGGAGCUGGGCGAUGGCGUCCGGGGCAUCUCGCUGGCUGGCUUGGGCCACCGCCCGAUCCGGAGCUUCCCGGAGCGGGCCGAGCGUGAGGAAAGGUGGCGAUAUCUCCGCCGUACGAGGCAGCUCAGGUCGGAGCCUGGUACCGUCGAGGUCAGUCAUCGUUACCCGCAGCGGCGCCAUUUUGCCCAAACCGGUGAAAAUGUCCUUCGGCCUGCUCCGGGUGGUGUCCAUCGUGAUCCCCUUCCUCUAUGUCGGGACACUCAUCAGCAAGAACUUUGCAGCCCUGCUUGAAGAGCAUGACAUUUUUGUCCCAGAGGACGACGACGAUGAUGACUAAACAGGGCACGGAGGAAGUACAGAGGAGCAAGUGCUCACUUCCUUAAGCGAUGGGCUAGCCGCCUGCCUCUCCUCCUUCCCGCAGCAGAAGGGCCCAGGGAAGCCCUCUGCCUCCCUCGCUCCCAGAAGCCGCCUGCACUGCCCUGACCAUCAUCCAGGUCCCUGGGCUGUGGGCUGUUCCCUGCAUAGUGAGUCCACUGAACCCUGGGGCCCAAGCGCCUGGGUUAUGAACAAACAGAAUAAAUGCCAGUCUGGGUGACGGAAUGACA